GUAAACCUUGAAGGAUAUUGAGCUUGAACUUUAUUUGUAUUUGAAUGCACCUGUGUUUUAGUUUUCAUGUAAACUUCUUGAGCUGAACAACUUUUAAAGGUAGCUAAAUGCCAGUAUUUUGUGGACUUGUUUAAAAGAAAAAUACUUAAACUAUUUAAACAAAUAGGUUUUACUUGAAACACAGAAUAAUAAAAUGGGCGUAGGUAAUUCUUCUACUUUUGCUGAACGUUCGUCGACGGUUGGACACUUUUGUUGCACAUCUUGUGAGGAACAUAAUCUUCAGAAUUUGGCAGUCAUUUAUUGUGAGGAAUGCUCAAGGUUUUUUUGUAAAAAAUGUAUCAAACCUCAUAAAAAAUUGUUUAUGAAACAUCGAACAUGUGGAAGGGGAGAUAUUAAGAAAUGGCCAGUUUCAAAGGAGGAUGCUUCUCUUUUACUUAAGGGAGGAGAUUUUCUUUCAAAUACAGAGGAUGAUUUUCUUUCAAAGGAGGAGGGAGAUUUUCUUUCAAAUAAAGAGGAUGAUUUUCUUUCGAAGGAGGAGGGGAAUUUUCUUUCAAAGGAGUUGGAGGAUUUUCUUUGGAAGUGUGACGUGCAUGUGGAUAAAAAACUGUCACAGUUUUGCCAUGACCACAGUCAGCUGUGCUGCUCUGAUUGUGUUGUAAAAAUUCACAGCCAGUGCAGUAAAGUGACCCAGAUUUCGGAGCUGACCAACUCGCAGCCCACAGGCCUAGAGGGGCUGUCAGUGGAGCUGGAAACUGUCCUGGGGGAAAUUAAAACCCUGCAAAUCAGUCAGAAGGCCAGCAUUCAGUCAUUGCAGAGAACAUACAAGGAACAUAGUGCAGUUAUGAUAGAGCAAAUGCUUGGCAAUUUAAAUACUUAUAUAGAUGAAUGUGAUAAUAAUUCUGUGGGUACAUCAGGCGGAAAUGAGCAAUAUUUAAAAGAAGAGAUGUGUAGGAGUGUUCUCUCUAUCGUGAAUGAAUUUGAUAAUAUUACUACGAAGGAACUUAACGAGAUGAAAGAUGAAGUUUUAAGUAUUAAAGAGUCAGUUACAAGUUCUAUUCAUAAAUGCACCACUCUUCACAAUGACUUGUCACAAUUCCAUGAACUUGUUCAGAAAAUUGGAGAUCAUAAGGAGCUCUGUCUUAUAGCCAGCAUAAAAUGUAAGCAUAUAAUACAGCAGGCAUUAACUCUGCUAGGAAAGUCAAGCAAGGUGUUUAAUGUCCAGAGUAUUACUAAGCACAAUGUGAGAAUACCAAGUGAUAAAGGUAUAUGUUAUAUCGAAGGCAUAUGUGUUCUUCCCGAUGGGCAUGUACUGGUUGUAGACUAUACAAAUCAGAAUGUCAAGAUGCUGAACCAGCAGUACCAGGUGGUGAGUCACUGGGAUGUGAAUGCUCGGCCAGUUGACAUUUGUUUGAUCACACCCAGUGAGGUUGCAGUAGCUGUGAAUGACCAUGAUAGCAAGAUACAUGAGGUCCAGUUUAUCACUGUCAACCAGGGAAAGCUCGUUCCUGGCAGGAAGUUUCAGUUACAACAUGAAUGUAGAGGUAUUGACCAUCACCAAGGAGUCCUUUUUGUCAUCUCUAGUGAAGAAGUGUACAAAUACACACUGAAUGGCAAACAGGUCUGCAGUCUCUAUAGGUCAUUUGAAUAUGAAGGCCAGGUGCUGGUCUGUGGAUACUGGUCCGGCACUGUACUACAGGUGGGCUGGGAGGGAGAGAGUAAGCUGGCUAAUCUUGCUACUGAGGAGGAUGGACUGAGGUGGCCAGAAAUGGAGCCUACAGAAGACUGGGAAUCAAUAUCCAAAAUGUUAGAAGAUUUUAGAGAUGAAAAUAAAGAUACUGAUGAAAACAUUGUGUUCAUAGCAACAAAACUGCACGAUGAACUGGACAAUAAUUUAAAUGAUAUACAAGAAUCAGCAAAUAUUUUAGAAAAAGAUGACAAUACUGAAAAAUCUGCAGAGAAAAACACUUAUUCUGAUGACAACGACAGUGAGACAAAGGCAGAGGAAAUACCAACAUUGCAUGCAGACACUGAUGCGAAUGACUGCAUAAAUCUGUCAUUCAUACAAGUGCCAGGCCUCAAACAUUAUGAUGCUUGCACCAAUGCAAUUACACCCAAGAAUGCUAACUAUGACUUCACUGACACUGGAAUACCAACGAACGAACACACAGAAAAUGUUGAUGUACAGACUAUCACGCCAAGAAAGCAGGCAAAGUAUAACAGUCCUGCAAAAUUUACAGGGAAAAGAAAACGCAAGGCACAGCCAGAAAAGUGGAAGAAAAAUAUUAGAAAGAAACGACGCAUGCUUGGACUACAGUACACAAAUACAAAAGGGAAGUCUGUUGAAGCAAAGCGGCUAUUAGAUGCUCGUUGCAACUGCAAAUAUAAAUGUAGAAAAAUCUUCACACAUGAGCAAAGAGAUGCAGUUUUUCAAAACUACUGGAAUAUUGGAUCCUACGAACGCCAAAAGGACUUUUUAUAUUCCAAUGUGAAGGAAAACACUCUUGAGAGAGUUCGUUCAAGUGCAAAGAAGAGACGUGUGUGUUCAAGAAGCCUCUACCUUGACAAUAAGCGAGUCCGUAAAGAUUUUUUUCUUAGACGUUAUAUUGGCAAUAUGGUGGUAGAAACGGCUUUGAAGUCCUCAUCCACUGGAAAAUUUGCUGCAUUUGACAUAAGAGGGAAACAUACACCACACAAUAAGACCCCAGAAGCAGUGAUUAACCAGGUUAGACAGCAUAUUGAAUCUUUCCCUAUGGUUGAGGCCCACUAUACAAGGCAAGACACAAGGAGAAAAUUUCUUGGAAAUGAUCUUAAUAUCACACAGAUGUAUAGGUUAUGUAAAGAGAAGUGUGUAGCAGAGAAAAAGAAAGAUGUCAGUGCCUCAAAGUACAGAACAGUAUUCUGUGAGGAAUAUAAUUAUUCAUUUCAUGUACCUAAAAAUUAUCAAUGUCAAACAUGUGUCGUAUACCACCAGAAAGAGACAGAUGGUGAAUUAACAGAAACCAUCAAACAGGACUACGAAGAGCACAUUAAAAGAAAGUUAAAAGCAAGAGCUGAGAAAGAAAACUACAAAACUAAAGCCAAAGAAGAUAAAUCAUACUGUGUUGCUACUUUUGACUUUAAGCCGUGUUGCCAGUACCGUGUUCACUUGUCAGUCAGGUCUACUAUAAGCGGAAACUAAGUUGUUUCAAUUUGUCGUUCUAUUCUUUGGCAGAUGCAAGUGUGACUUGCUAUCUGUGGAAUGAAACCAAAGGCAACAGGGGAUCGUGUGAGAUAGGAACUUGCAUACAGACUUACAUACAGUCAUUGCCAGUGACAACAAAACAUCUGUGCCUUUACUCAGAUUGUUGUUCAGGACAGAAUCGAAACAGGUUCAUCGCAUCAGCUUUGCUACUAGCCAUCAGUAAAAGUCCUAGUUUAGAAACAAUCGAUCAAAAAUUUCUAGAAACAGGACACACUCAGAUGGAGAGUGAUUCGGUGCAUGCAGCAGUAGAAAAUACUAAGAGGCGUACUUCAGUCUUUGUUCCAAGCAAAUGGGACACAAUCGUUAGAUUGGCUCGGAAGAAAAAAACGUAUACAGUUGUGCCUAUGAAACACUAUGACUUCCAUGAUUUAAAGUGUCUGGCAAAGUCUUUAUUUCCACAAAAUAUCAUUGAUCUUGAAGGAAGAAGAAUUCAAUGGAUGAAAGUUAAGUGGCUCCAGUUUCGAAAAGCAGACAUAAGCAAUUUUUAUGUGAAGCAUGACUUUGACAAGGAAUUCCAGUGCAUAAAAAUCAGUCACGAAAAGGUAUUUCUCUCAGUUCAAAGCUACCACGACUGUAUACUGAGAAACUGCCAAUAGCAACUACUAAAAAGAAAGAUAUUAUUUUUUUGUGUAGAAAUGGAACAAUACCCUCGGAGUAUCACAAAUACUACGAAGACAUACCAGAUGACAAAAAUGUGAGAGACUGCUUACCAGAUCCUGACACACUGGAAAGUGAUAGAGACUCCGACCCAGAGUACGGAUCAGCUUGAUUGAGAUUUGUUACAAUACAUGCAUAGGUGUUGUAUUCAGUGGACAGUUGAAAUCAGUAAACAGUUUAAUUGGUACAAAAGAAACAGUAAAAUGUAUAGUGACAGAGGUCUCUUCAUAAAAAUAUUUACAGAGAGGACUAUAUGAAAGUUUUGUUUGACAAAAAAUGUUACUUGUGACAUUUUUAGUGUUUACCCAGUAUACAAUUCAGUAAAAUUCUUAUUCUUAGUACACUUAAACCAUUUUCUAUAGCAUGCACUUGUGCAAAGUGUUUUCUGCCAGUUUUCAGUAAGCGCACUUAAAGCUAUAUAAACACAGAUAAUCAGUCAUAAGUUCCGGAACAUUUGUAAACAAGUGCACUUAGUGCGUUUAUACACUUAAUGGCUCGACAGACUAGUUUCAUGCCAAUAAGAUAUAAGUACAUUUUUCUUUAAAACACCAUCUUGUAUUUAACCCUGCUUAUUCUAAAUUUUAGUGUAUUAUCUUAUGAGUAUUUGCUAGUAUAUAAUCAAUUUAUUAUAUACCUAUCUUAUUUCAAAUAAAAUAUAUUAUUACUCAAAACCUUAUUUUUGAUUUUCCCAAAAGUGUGAAAAGUGCACUUAUCACGUUCUGGCCCUUACCCCUCGAUGUAUUGUUGCCAUUUUUAACCAGGUUUUCCGAAGGAAAAAACUGGUUAUUAGAUUGGCGAAUGCGGGCGGGCUGGCUGGCUGGCGGGCGGGCUGGCUGGCUGGCUGGCGGGCUGGCGGAAUAAGCUUGUCCGGGCCAUAACUAUGUCGUUCAUUGUCAGAUUUUAAAAUCAUUUGGCACAUUUUUUCACCAUCAUUGGACGGUGUGUCGCGCGAAAUAAUUACGUCGAUAUCUCCAAGGUCAAGGUCACACUUUGAGUUCAAAGGUCAAAAAUGGCCAUAAAUGAGCUUGUCCGAGCCAUAACUAUGUCGUUCAUCGUCAGAUUUUAAAAUCAUUUGGCACAUUUGUUCACCAUCAUUGGACGGUGUGUCGCGCGAAAUAAUUACGUCGAUAUCUCCAAGGUCAAGGUCACACUUUGAGUUCAAAGGUCAAAAAUGGCCAUAAAUGAGCUUGUCCUGGCCAUAACUAUGUCAUUCAUUGUGAGAUUUUAAAAUCAUUUGGCACAUUUGUUCACCAUCAUGGGACGGUGUGUCCCACGAAAGAAUCACGUCAAUAUCUCCAAUGUCAAGGUCGCCACGACUAAAAAUAGAUUAAAAAAAAAAAAAAAAAACUUACAAAGGGGGUUAAUUUUUUUUGGUCAUUUCAAAAGUUCAGUUUGAGUUUUCUCCCUUUAUCAGAUUUUUUUUUCACAACGAAAACCUGGUUUUGUGACAAUUUUGUCCCUUGUUAUAAGAUAAACUCACUGUAAACAUUAAUUUGUACAAACCAUUGUUAUAAAAAACAUUUCUUGUGUCAAUGCUAAAAUAUGUAUUAAACUGUUAAAAUAAUGUACAGUAACAACUUCUGAAGAGAAAAAUAUACUUAAAGCAAUAGAAACACAUUGUUAUAUGAAAUGCUUUUUAUUAAGAACACCUACUUAAAAUUUGUUUAAUUUUGUUUUAGAUUAUCUGAAGAAAAAAUAGUACCAUGUAAUUUGAAAUCAGUCAAUGACAAAUUAAGGGAGUGUUGCCAUAUGGUAACAAUAGUCAAGAAAUGAAAUUGUCUCUAUUAAGAAUACAACAGAGCAAUACAAUAUGCUUAAACAAGAGCACCGCAUAAAGGGUGCCACGCUCGGCUACGGGUGCAGUUUUGAAUAAAUGAAAGCUUGUCUGAAUUUAUUUUAGAGGUUACAGUGACUUGACCAUUGACCUAGUGACCCCAAAACGGGUGUGGUGUGUAGAACUCAUCAAGGUGCAUCUACAUAUGAAGUUUGAAAGUAGUAGUUGGAAGCACUUUGAUUUUAGAGCCAAUGUUAAGAUUUUAGCACGACGCGGACGGCGGACGACACGACAAUCUCUAUGACAAUACCUCGAGUUUUCUCCAAAAAUACCGAGCUAAAAAUAAAAACUAAGAUGUUUGCUUUGCAAUUUUUUUUAAAUAUACACUUAUGAAUGUGCUUAUAUUACGUUAACAGUAUUGACAUAUUGCUUACGAUGAAGUUUGACAUUUUAUUAGUUUUGUAACAGUGUGUUUCACCUUUCACAUUGACAAUCCCACAUUUGCUUUCAGUGGGGCCAGUUUCUGUAACUCUUCCACUACAAGUUCAGCAAAUGUUUUAUGACCAGAUUUCCUCAUAUUUGGGAAUGUUUAUAUUUAACUUUUAUUGAAUGCAUGAAACAUGUUUGUUCUGUUUUUUAAUAGCUGAAAAUAGCUUGAUGUUUAUUAAUUGUGUGCCAUGUUGAUCAAUUGAUACAUAAAAAAAAACACAUUUUGCGUUAAUUUGUAUGUGUAGCUAAACAACAAAUGUUACCAAAUACAAAUUUAAUUAUUUGGUAACAAUAUAAUUAUUGUGCUAUAUUCGUAAUACCGUAUGAAAUGCAAUAUUAAUUAAAAUGUGUUUAUAUGUUUGUCUACGUCAAAUAAUCAUUUGAAUAAGUAAAUAUAGGGUAAUGAUGUCUAUGGAAAGUACCCGUAGGCACGUUUCAAUUGCUUGUGUACCUCAUAUGGAUCAGGGUCUGUCUAAAUUAUUGCAUGAUUGUUUAUGCCAAUGUCUGAAUUGUGUAAAUAUCUUUAAAAUCGUGAGAUAUUUGUUAAGAGGAUUUUAAUAUUGAAAGAUAUAAUAGCAUCUAAACUUUAACCGGUCAUCUUUUGCAUUUAUUUUUAUGUGUUUAUAUUGUUUUGCUUACCAAGUUUAAUAUUGUCUAUAUUCGUGCGUAAUUUUAUUGUGGUUGUUUUGUUAAGACAGAGCGCAUAUCACUAAUGCUGUUGUUUUAUGUUAUAUGUAAAUAAUUAAACAUGUUUAUUUU